AUGGGGUUUCGUUUACACAAACCAAAAUACAACAACACCCAAAACCACAAAAUACCACACUUUAACAACAGACACACUCAAUCUUCUGUAAGGGGACCCGAUGAUCCAAGAGUUCAAGGAAAUGGUGUGAGAACUGUAAACCAGAUAAGAUCUUCCAAUUCAACUUUGAAUACAGCACUUGGUUGUUCAUCACGUGACGAUACCGGUGGUGAUCGUGGUCAAUCAGGUCCCCAAAGUUCAUCGAGAGGUGUUGUCGUUGGGGACCAAAAUCAAAAUGUUGUCCAAAAUUUAGAGUCCUAUAGGUGUGACAGAAGGAUACAAAAUGAGUAUAGUUCUUUACACCGAGACGGUCACUACCCACGUUAUGCAAUGAAUUUUGACAGAUACAACAAUAUAUACCAUUUGGGUUCCAACCUAGUCCCCUUCACAAAUGAAAAUGACUUCAACAGAAAUUCUACCAAGGAGACAAAAGGUGCAAUGAAAGGUUUAAACAAAAAGCUGAACCCGUAUUAUUAUUACACAUGGUCUUCAAUUAUACAAGGCAAGAGCAUGGUUUUGUUUGCCAAAAAGGAGAAUGUGAUUGAAUCAAUAUACAUGGGAAUCUUAAACCAACAAGACUGGCUUCAAACUCAACAGAACCGUGGAUAUUAUGAGUACAUCAAACCCAUUAUGAUAAUUUCGGAAGAUCCACAAAAAGAAUUUGAUGAAAUAAUCAAGCUAAACAAAAUGGGUCUCAUGAUCAGAAGUGUUCUCUUUCCGUCCACGGGAUGGCCAUUGGUAUGUGUUUAUGAUAAGAACAUGGGUAUUAGACAUUUAAAAUCAAGUUCAUUCGUGGUGUUAGACAAUAUCUUUGACAAAGAGAUCAUCAACGAAUUGAAGAGAUUUAGAAUUCCAUUCAUCAUGAACUUCGAGAGGAAAUUGUCACCAGAUUUAGACAAUUAUGUGCGUGGAUUAUGGAUUGACAUUGUUGACUUUAGAGAAUGCACAUCAGCAUUCUCUUUUGUGCACCUACUUUAUUGCAAGGAAGGUGCACAAAAGUUGGACUUGAUCAAAAAUAAAAUUGGUGUUAUUGAUGCGCUGGUUGCAAUUUGGUGUUGUGAGAAAAAGGUUGUUGAAGAUGUUUGUAAAGAAAUUAACAAAGGAGAUGGCCAUGUCGAGCCUAUGGCCAAGUUGAACAACAGUAAGAGGCAACUUGUUAGAGAGAAUUGUUGGAGAAACAACUACGGGGUUGCAACUUCUGAUUACAAUGAGAUGCGUAUUCGUGAUACAGCCAUCUUUUUCAAUGUCCCAGAUCAUAGCCAAUUUAAGAAAUUCAUCAACAGCUACUACACCGGCGAUGAGAAGGAUGAAUACCGGAAAGUCUAUGUGUUGUUUGACCAAUCAAAUGCUAAACAAGCAAGAAAGUAUUGUGACUUUGCAGAGAAUCAUGGUGCAUUUGUGGCUGGUGAGAUUAAGUGGCUUGCAGGAAGACAUUAG